UGUGGUACAGUAGUUGUGCUGUAGUCCUGAUCAACAAGCCACUAUUUUGGAAGCAGUUUGAUAAACACUAGCUGGUUCUCCGUCGAUGUCAGUCGCUAAUCUGCGAUCUCAACGAGACGUGACAACUGAAACUAUCUAGGAAGAAACCGACGGUUUAACUUUUAAACAGACAGCUCGUUUUUCUCCGUGAUAUCAGAGCUCGUCGUCCGUGACAACCGAGCACAGAAACGGAGCUGACAGCGGGGUUAAUUUCUGUUUUUUUUGUUGAUAUUUUUAAAACAGCUAAGAACUUUUUGACACUUUUUUGUCGCUAACGAAAGCCAAACAGAACAACAGCCGGCGUGUUUUUAUUUUUUGUUACAUGUCAGUCCACUUUACUGUUUCUAUUUGACAGCUAGCUGGUUUUUUUUGUCGACUGAAUUUUGAACCAUUAGCGUUAAGCCAAUCAAGAAGGCAGAGCUGUGUUGCCAUAGAAACAAUCUUAAAGGAACGAGAGCGCUCUGAUGUUGUGACGUUUGUUACAACCGUUAACUUAAAAAAAAAAAACAGAACCCGUUUGUUACGCUGCAGAAGUUAACGGUUACACGUUACCGGAAAUAUUAAACUGAGAAGAUCAAGUCACAGGAGCUGAAGCAGCCGGCUGUGUACAUCCACGGGAUCCCUCAUCAUCGGAUUUUUUUUAUUAUCAUAACAAUAUCUGUGUUUUAUUGUUAAAAAUGGCGGCGAUUGGACUGGUGCAGAUGUUGAUCGAAGCAGCCGAGUACCUCGAUCGCAGGGAGCGAGAAGCUGAACACGGCUAUGCCUCCAUGCCACCCUUCAUCAGCAGCCGAGAGACGGAGAGCUUGAAAAGAAAGAGCAAAAGCAAGAAAAACACAAGUAGCAGGUCUACGCACAAUGAAAUGGAAAAGAACAGACGGGCAAAUCUACGGCUGUGUUUAGAGCGCUUGAAAUCCCUCGUUCCCUUAGGACCCGAUGCUAACAGGCACACCACGCUCAGCCUGCUGAUGAAGGCCAAAGAUCAUAUCAAGAGGUUAGAGGAGGGCGAUAGGAGAGCUCAGCACACCUUGGAGCAGCUACAGCGGGAGCACAGACACCUGAGGAGGCGUCUGGAGCAGCUGGGCGUGGAGAGGACCCGCAUGGACAGCACCGGCUCCACCCAGUCCGACAAGUCUGACUCUGAUCAAGAGGACCUGGACGUGGACGUGGAGGGGACGGACUACCUGCUGGGUGACCUGGAGUGGAGCACCAGCAGUGUGAGCGACUCAGGGGACGAGCGGGGCAGCCUGCGCAGCAGCUGUAGCGAUGAAGGCUACUCCAGCGCCAGCCUGCAGCGCCUGCAGGACACUCAGGGGAUGGCCAAGCAGCUGGGCUGCAGCCUAUAGACAGCACCGGUCACCAAGCCAAACAACAACCUCCUCCCCUCAGCCAGACCUCACCCACGUUGUCUCCCUGUUUCCUGAACCCACCCCACCCCCCCACCCCCACCAGGACUGAUCGAGUCCAGCCAGGGUCCUGCAGACUUACUGUCCUCGUUUUGAAUUCCAUUCAGACUGCAGCUCCUCCAGUGAGACGGCCGCCACAUCCAGCACAUCAUCAGCGGUCGGUCUUUAGGGUGUCACCGCCAAUCAAUCAAAGGAGGAUUUUAAAGACAGCAUGUCCCCCCCCCCCCCUCCGUCCCUCCGUCCCUCCAUCAGUCCUUCAGAAACACAACUUUCAGCCUUUCAGAGAAUGUUACCACACAAUCCCUCUGCCUCUUUUUCUAUGCCUCAAGAGCCAUGGGAAGCACUUAUGAGAUUUCACCCUUACUGAAAACACACACACAUGUACACACACACACACACACACACACACACACACACCUGCAUCGCUCCUAGUUGUCCUAGUGAGAAAGAGUCGUCCCAAAGGUGUGACACUGAGGUGAUGCAGGGCCUUUUUUCUUGCCCUGCUCACCAUGUGCAUGAUCUUUUGCACUUAAAAUAGAUUUUUUUUGGUUUUUUUUAAAUAAUUGCUGUAUCUUAAUAACUAAAGCCACUCCCCCCUCCCUACAGCUGUGAAGCUGCAAGAUGAAGCGUCAUCUGCAGAGUUUGAUGUCACACUGUCGGGGCCGACAGCAAUAUAUAUCCUUUUAGUAUUGAGGCUUUUGGCGGGCAGACGUGUAACUAGCCCGUCAUUUACCGUCAACACUCGCCAUCCAGAGAAAAAAAAAGAAGAGAAAAAAAGUGCAGCAUGAGAUUGUGUAUGGGUUCGGGGGAAUAUGUGGGAGGGUAAAGUGGGUGGGUUUGAUGUUUUCUGCCUCUCUCUGAUGACGGUGGCGUUUUUAACUGCAUCCUUUUCUCAUAGCGUGUGUAUGACUGGUUACAACAGGGGUCACUAGCCGGGUUUGGAAACGAGAAACACCAGCCGCCCAAGCCGAAUGCCGGUAUAUUUAGGCAGGUGCUGGUACAUUUUUGGUACACUACUUCUUCACUGCCCCGUUCACCAGGUAUUAAUAGAAAAGAAAAAGGACAGCAGAGCCGAGAGAGGCUGGAGCACAUUCCAUUAUGUAGAGAGGACGGCCAGGUGAGAGCCAGACGAGAGCAUUAUUUUCUGACUGGAUGUUCCUGCCAAUUAUUUAUGAAGGGAGAGUUGAGUCUGAGGCGAGCCGCGUCAGCCUAAAAAAAAAAAAAGAACCAGAAGGCUGUGACUGUUCAUCGGGAACAAGUGAGAUGUUUUCCCCCUGAAGAGCGGUUUAAAAGUGCGAACCACAGAUCGGCCUCCUUUGCCUUGCCUACAUAGCUAUUUAUUGUUUGUGCAGAGAUGUACGGCGUGUAAUGUAAAUAGUUAAAGAAAAGAUCUCUAUGUCUAUCAACAAAUGUAUUUAUUAGAUCGACUUGGAUAUAUAGAUGAAUAUAGUAUAUGGAUAUAUUUAUUAGACAAAAGCUUUUUGUUCUUGUGAGGUUUCUUCAGAGUUUUCCCGCGUGUAGUUUGUCCGCACAGCCUCGUCCAUCUAUCGAGUAUUUAGAAACGUCUUUUUGUGCCUCAAGGUUUUUUGGUGUCUGUUUUUGGAUGUCGGCACGGCGCUCCGAGAAAACGAAACACUUUCUAUGUGAUUGAUCUUCAAUUUUUUUUUUUUUUUGGGGUUGUUUCAAAAGCCGCUCGGCGAAUAAAAGGACAAAAAAAAAUCUGAAUAAUUUAUGAAAAUGUGAAUUAAAAAGUAUAAAAGUGAGCGGAGGUGGCGGUGGGUGCUGUGAGGCGGGGGCUCUGCCUCUGGCGUCUAUCGCUGUGCUGAGGAGCCUAAAACAAACCUUCGGUUCCGAUGCGUAACGUCCGGGUGGAGGACUGCAGCUCCUUUUUGAAUGUACAGUAGACGUGGUGCAGCGUAGAGCCACAGGACGCUUCCCCGCUCCGUCAUCCACCUCCUGCUCACCUCUGCUAAAGCAUGAGAAGAAACCAGAAAAAUAGUUAAAGGAUUGUUUAGUCUUUGAGUGUGGAAUGCUGCUUAUAUUUUUUGUGUCGAACUGAAAACGUUUUUUAAGCGGGGGGAGACUGUUUGGCUGCAUAAUGGGGGGGGGGGGGGGGGGGGGGGGCUACAGGGGAAAUGUAUUUAAAGUGAGGUGUGAGAGGGCAGGUGUGUUCACUGAAGCGCCAUCUGUCAGUGCGUGUGUGUGUGUGUGUUUACCUCGUCACUGUCUUCAGAGAGACUUUUUUGGGGGGAGGGGGUGGUUGAAAAUAAAUUGUAUGGCUAUGUUUCUGUUUUAUGAGUUUACUAGUCAAUGCAACAAAAAAAAAACACUUAACCUAAGCAUUAACGUCUGUCCUCGGGAGUCUCCACUUUUCUCCUUUUUCCACCCAUGGUCCUUUGUCUGUCUUCCACCAGUACAGUGUGUGUGUGUGUGUGUGUGUGUGUGUGUGUGUGUGUGUGUGUGUGUGUGUGUGUGUGUGUGUGUGUGUGUGUGUGUGUGUGUGUGUGUGUGUGUGUGUGUGUGUGUGUGUGUGUGUGUGUGUGUGUGUGUGUGUGUGUGUGUGUGUGUGUGUGUGUGUGUGUGUGUGUGUGUGUGUGACUCCCUCCUCCACAUGCUGCAUUGGCAUCUGUGGUGGUGGGGGGCGGUGCAUGUGUCAAUGAUGCAACCAUUGCUCCUCAUCUCCGUGUCCCCCCCCCCUUCUCCAAAGACCCUGGUGCUCUCAGCAUCUGCCUUAAGAAGCAGGUGUGGAAACUCUCAAAGAACAAGACUUCUUCAGACCAGUUGUUUAAGCUACCGGUUUCAGCAUCAGGGGGGAAAAGUCCUCUUCAUGUGUAUAUUUUGGGUUUUUAUGCACAAUGUCUCCCUGCGUCCAAAGCGGCUAGCUUAAAAAAACAGACGCACAUGUACAACCUAUACGAGAAGGAAAAAGAUACAUGAGAGUGCGUAUGAUCUGUUUCAACGAGGGGCCAUUCCUUUUUUUUUUUUUUUUUUCAUGUGGCGGUCUCAGGCGUGGUGCUCUUCAUGCAUUUCACAGUUUUAACACACAAACACUCUGUGCACCACAGCUCCAUGAACAUCCUCGUCGCCUGCCUUUUUUCUCCGCAGGAAGGUCAAAACGUCUGUUUAAUAAAGGAGGGCGUUUUUGUGCACUUACUUUUUAAAGAAUUGGAGAAUUUGGACACCGUCCUCUUGAAAAAAUGUUGGCAACAAACCCUUUGAAUAUGAAUUGUGGAGCAGCAAUUUGUAUUAAGCGUUGAUAUGAAAAGAAUAAAAGAUUUGAAACCCUUGUUUACCUUA